AUGUCACCCAGUAGCUUAGCAGCGCAGUCACCUGGCGUCAGAGCAAUGAACACCAUCGGAAUCAUGAAGGAUCCAUACGGCUUGUCAAGCCGAAUUCAGCGUGGCGAAUCCCACGCUGGUAGACAGAUGGCACUCGCUGGAGCCGUCCGCUGUCAUCGUAAGCGAGGAUACGCAUCAGGUAAGAUGGAAGUUCUUGAGGUGUCAGCUUAUUCCUUUACGUCGCCUAAGCAAGCGGGAAAUAAUGCAUUUGAGCUGUGCGUUCGACUUAGAUAA